UAAAAAAUAUAAAUUGAUGGGUAGAGUAAAGCUCCAGAUCAGGAGGAUAGAGAACACAACAAACAGGCAGGUCACUUUCUCAAAGAGGAGAAAUGGACUUGUAAAAAAAGCUUAUGAGCUUUCUGUUCUCUGUGAUGUUGAUGUUGCUCUCCUCAUGUUUUCUCCUUCUGGAAGACUCAGUCUCUUCUCUGGCAAUAAAAGCAUCGAGGAGAUUCUGGAAAAGUAUGUCAAUCUUCCAGAGCAUGAACGAGGAAGACUGCGUAAUAAAGAGUUGCUAGUGAAGACACUUGGGAAGCUAAGAGAUGAAGCUGACAGCCCGGUGAGCAGCGAUUCAAAGGAAUUGCAACAAGAGAUUGUUGAAUGCAAGUUCCGGAUUGCAGAUAUGCAGAAAAGACUGAACAUCUUCGAGGGUGAACCUGCAGAAAUCACAACGUUGAUUCAGGCUGAGUUUCACGAGCAGUUCCUCGAGGAAACACUGAAACAAGUGCGAUUGCAGAAGCAAGUUUUACAGGAAAAAUACAAUAGUUUUAAAGCCCCAGAUGCUGCAGAUGUAAGUGGUUUCGUUACAGGAAGUACUUCAGAUUGGAUACCCCAAAAAGAUCCACAAGUUCAGAUCUUGAACUUUUUGGAUUCAAAUGGUCUUCUUCCUCAAAGAGAUCAAUGUGAAAAUAUCUUACCACCGCAAUCCACAACUCUCCUUGAUGGAGAAGAAACAAUAAAUGUUUGCCAUGAUAUGCAACGUCCCGAGUUCGAACAAGUCAUUGAUGUCAACUUGUCCCCUUGGACUCAACUUUAUCCUACAGGCGACCCUAUGAUGAUCUUGUUUUCCAAAUUAAAACGGCUCAAACAAAGUCUCAAGCGAUUUAACAAGGAUAACUUUAGCAGCAUCUCGGACCGGGUAAAAGCAAAGAGAAUUGAGUUAGAGAAACAACAACUUCUCUCUCUAAAAGGAGAAGAUGCUAUUGAAAAGGAACUUGCAAUUCAUGAUGAGUUGAAGAUUUUGAAAGAAGCUGAAAGAUGGGUCAAAAACACUAAAUUUUUUCACUCCAUGGUGGCCUUCAAAAACAAGAGGGAUACCAUUAGAGUUUUUGUGGAUAAAAGAGGAAAUAGGCUUGAAUCCUUUGACUCUAUGGCUAAAGAAGUGAUUAACUUCUUUACUAAUCUUAUUGGAAAUGUCGACCCCUCGGUUAAAGCAAUUGAUCCAAACUUCAUCAAGUCUAUUCUUAACUACAAUCUGUCAUAUGAAGCUUCUUCCUGCCUUGUUAAAGAAGUUAUUGCUGAAGAAAUUAAAGAGGUCAUCUUCGACCAAGGAAAUGAUAAAGCCCCCGUCCCGGACGGGUUUUCCCCUCUUUUCUUCAAUAAAGCUUGGAAUAUUGUUGGUAAGGAUGUUAUAGCUGCGGUUAAACACUUCUUUUUGAAUGCUUCUUUAAUUCCAUCUUUUAAUUCUACUGUUGUUGCCCUUGCUCCUAAAAUUCCAAAUCCCAGUAGCCCAUUUCAUGCUGCUCAGUUAUUUACAAAUCCAUUACCAAAAUUCUUGUCAAAAGAUUGA